AUGGUGAAACUCGGUCAUGCGACAGGCAAAAAUUCCAAGCGGGUGCCCACUCGUCUGAGACACAAGAUUGAAAAAGCUGCUGUUGCGAAGCAAAGAAAGCAGAAGAAGCUUGCAAAGAAGAACCCAGAAUGGCGGUCAAAAAUCAAGAAGGACCCCGGUAUCCCCAACCUGUUCCCUUUCAAGGACAAGAUGCUUCACGACAUCGAGGAGAAGAAGCGUCUGAAGACCGAGGAGCAGGAGCGUCUGCGCCAGGAGGCCCGCGCUCGUAAACUCGAGGCCAAGCAGACCCAGCCGGGUACGCAGGCAGCCGUUGAUAUCAUGGAGGACGACCUCUUGGACGACGAUAUGGACGCUGAUGGCAGCGACUCAAACCCCAUGGCAGCGCUCCUCGCUUCCGCUCGCGCUCGUGCCCAAGAAUAUGACGAUGAGAAUGACAGCGACGACGAUGAGAUGGACGAGGACGAGGAUGAUGAUGACGAGAUGGACGAGGAUGAAGAGGGCGGCGUCACAUUCACCGAUGCUCCCACGCUAGGCACAUCAUUGAACUCCACCAAGGAGAGCUCACGGCGCCAGUUCGACAAGGUCUUCAAGACCGUGACCGAUGCGGCUGACGUAGUCCUUUACGUGCUCGAUGCUCGGGACCCCGAGGGUACACGAUCAAAGGAGGUUGAACGGGAGAUUAUGGCCGCCGACAACGGCUCGAAGCGUCUCAUUCUCAUCUUGAACAAGAUCGAUUUGGUGCCCCCACCGGUCCUCAAGGCGUGGUUGAUUCACCUCCGACGUUAUUUCCCCACUCUCCCCCUCAAGGCCGCCAACGGCGCCCCCAAUGCGCACAGCUUCGACCACAAGCAAUUGACCGUCAAGGGCACCUCCGAGACCCUCUUCCGCGCCCUCAAGUCCUACGCCCACAGCAAGCAGUUGAAGCGCUCGAUCUCCGUCGGAGUCAUUGGUUAUCCCAACGUCGGUAAAUCGUCUGUGAUCAACGCCCUCACUGCUCGUCUCAACAAGGGAUCCAGCAACGCCUGCCCUACCGGUGCCGAAGCUGGUGUCACCACCAAUCUUCGCAGCGUCAAGCUUGACAACAAGCUCAAGCUGAUCGAUUCACCGGGUAUUGUCUUCCCCAGCGCCGCUGGAAAGACCAAGAAGUCCAAGGACAACGAGCAGGCCCGCCUCAUCGAAGACCCCGUCGCGGCUGUCAAUCUGUUGAUCAAGCGUCUGUCUUCCUCCGAGACUUUGAUCAACAAGAUGCUCGAAGUCUACGGCAUCACCACCCUUUUCCCCACCGGUGAUAAGACCACCGACUUCCUCAUCCAAGUCGCUCGCAAGCGCGGCCGUCUCGGUAAGCGUGGUGUCCCUAAUGUUGAGAGUGCGGCUAUGACUGUGAUCAACGAUUGGCGCGAUGGCCGUAUUCAAGGCUGGGCCAACGCUCCUGUUCUGCCCGUGGCUGGCUCAGCGGCCGAGGCUGCGGAUCCCACCGCGGGUCCCGUGGACAAUGUACAGGUUGUUACUGAGUGGGCCAAGGAGUUCCAGAUUGAAGGUCUUUGGGGUAACGGACAGGGCGAGGACGAGGAGAUGGCCGAAUAG